AUGGUGACGGUGAGGAAAAUGAAGCUGUUCACUUUCCUUAUCCUCCUCAUCUUCCUCACCUCCUUCCUCCUGAGCUACACCCACACCGUGGUGACCACUGCCUGGUUCCCCAAGCAGAUGGUCAUUGGGCUCUCAGAAAACUUCCGGAAACUCAUGAAGCUCCGCGGCAGGUCCUGCACCUGCAGCCGCUGUGUCGGGGAGCUCAGGGUCUCGCGAUGGUUCGACGAGAGGUUCAACCAGACUGUGCAGCCACUGCUGACCAUGCACAACUCGGUCCUGGAGGAGGAUACCUACAGCUGGUGGCUGAAGCUCCAGCGGGAGAAGAACCCCAAGGACCUGAAUGACACCAUCAAGGAGUUGUUCAGCGUGGUGCCUGGGGACGUGGACCCCGUGUUGGAGAAUGAGUCAGUGGGCUGUCGGCGCUGUGCUGUCGUGGGCAACUCAGGCAACCUGAAGGAGUCGAAGUAUGGUUCCCAAAUAGAUGAGCACGACUUCGUGGUGAGGAUGAACAAGGCUCCCACAGUGGGAUUUGAGGCCGAUGUCGGGAGCAAGACCACCCACCAUCUUGUGUACCCUGAGAGCUUCCGGGAGCUUGGGGAGAACGUCAGCAUGGUCCUGGUCCCAUUCAAGACCACCGACCUGCAGUGGGUGGUCAGUGCCACCACCAAGGGCACCAUCUCCCACACCUACGUCCCUGUCCCCACGAAGAUCAAAGUGAAAAAGGAAAAGAUCCUCAUCUACCACCCGGCCUUCAUCAAGUAUGUCUUUGACAACUGGCUGCAGGGCCACGGUCGGUACCCAUCCACGGGCAUCCUCUCGGUCAUCUUCUCGCUGCACGUCUGUGAUGAGGUGGACUUGUAUGGCUUCGGGGCCGACAGCAAAGGGAACUGGCAUCACUACUGGGAAAACAACCCGUCAGCAGGCGCUUUCCGCAAGACAGGGGUACACGAUGGAGACUUUGAGUCCAACGUGACAGCCACCUUGGCGUCCAUCGGCAAAAUCCGCAUUUUCAAGGGGAGAUGA